AUGCUAAUAAUACAUAAACACUCAUCAAUACAUGGAUCAACAGUAGAGAAUUUUCUUUUCUCUGUGAUUAUUUGGAUACUGACUCAUAUCCCGUUACCGAUUCUAAAGUUAAUCCUACUACUUUUUGAUGUCUUUGUCUAUUGGUUUGGCUCGAUAUACGACAAGUUCAAGAAUUCGCCAGAUAGGAUCCUCUUAUACAAGCUUAAUCACUCUACAUCAUGGAGUGAGUUUUCCAAAACUGCUUUUGAUUUAGAUAAUUACUUUAACAACGAUAUAUGGAAAAAUAAUCUAGUUUCCAGUAAAUAUGACUAUGUGCUAAUACAGGAAAGGUUACAUGACUUGAGAAAUGCAAGAUUAUCGAACAAUUUCCAACACAUGCUCAGCUUAUUGAGAGCAGGUAUGCUAAGAAACCUAGGUGGGAUUUCCAACAAAAGCUUAUACAACCGAACCUAUAUUGGAACGAAGUCAUUAAUUGAACAAUACAAUAAAGAGGUUGCAAAUUGCCUUGAAUCGUUGGACAAAGACCCUUUUAUCGACAAUCAAUUAAAAUUGGACUUUUAUCACGAUGCAAAGACCACAUUGGGUGCAACAGCACUAUGCUUGCACGGUGGCUCCUUAUUUGGAAUGGGACACAUCGGAGUAGUCAAGAGUCUAUUAGAUCAAAACUUGCUGCCUAAUGUCCUUGUAGGUUCUGGAGUUGGUUCGGUAGUCGGUGCAUUGGUCGGUUGUCUGGAAAAGGAGGAAUUGGUUGAAAUAUUGGUGAAUUUAAAGAAUGUUAUGCAAGAGGAAGGAUAUGGAUUGAAACCGAAAAACUGUAAUGACCCAAUUGAGUCUACUCAGAUUGGGUUGAAAUGGAUUGAGAAUAUAAAAAAAGGUGUUACAAAAGAAAUGAAACUUUUUAUUGAUUUUGUAUUAAGCAAAGUUGGUGGAAUGACGUUCAAACAAGCACAUGAAAAAACAGGAAAAACAUUCAAUAUUCUAGUGUAUCCAAAGUCCUCCAAACUACCUACGCUUUUGAACUAUUUGAGCACACCAUACAUAACGAUGGAAAGCGCUAUACGCUGUUCUCUUGGUACAGGAGUACUAAAGGACAAAAUACCAACAUUGGAAAUUAAGUUCAGAGGCGAUAUAACUAAAUACUCUAAUGUUCAAUGUGAAUUUCAGCCACCUUACCAGGUACGGGGCCAGUCAAUUGAAUUGAAAAAUUCCCCCUAUAACCGAAUUACUGAAAUGUUCAAUGUAAAUCAUUUUGUCAUAUCCAUUUCAAGACCUUAUCUUGCCUCGUUCGUCUCAAUGCGGUGGCGACGGAUUUAUAACUAUAACUCGUUGCUUAAAAAAUUGCUAAAUAUUAUCAAUAUAGAGUUGAAACAUCGGAUAAGAAUGUUGAACAGAUUUGGAUUGCUAAAUACAUCUCUGCGAUGGUUAUUGGUUGACGAAAAAUCAGUUUUGGUUGAUACCAACCAUAUCGCUAUUAUUCCGACAGGCACGAGGUGGAUUCUGUGGGAUUUUAUUGAUUUAUUUGUGCAAAAUAAAUCGGUCAUGAAUUACUGGAUUGAAUGUGGCGAGAGGAGUGUAUGGAGUAUGCAUUCUUUGCUGGAAACGAGAUCCAGAGCGGAGUUUUUGUUGGAUGAAUAUUUUCAGAAAUAUAGAUAG